AAUGAUUUCAUCAAAGAUUGCUGAUUUGAUUCUGCGUUUUUCUUGGACAGUUCUGAGUUGAGAGUGGUUUACAUGUACAGGUUCUGGUUUGGUGACCUCCUUGUUUUGUAUUCCUAUCAUGCUUAGAUGUUCUACGACAGAGGCCGUAAUUUAGGUCGGCAAUGAUGAAUUGAAAAUUUCACUUGAGACAUGAGGAGAUGAAUAGAAACCAUACUGUGGAGUUCUUACUGGCGGGAGUGGCGGGAUGCGGCGCGUGCCUCUUCACGAAUCCCCUGGAGGUUGUGAAAAUACGUAUGCAGUUACAGGGUGAAUUGAAAGCAAGAGGACAAAGUACUAUUGUAUACAGAAAUGCCAUACACGGUCUGUAUACGAUUGCGAAAAGCGAGGGGAUCGCUGGAAUUCAGAAGGGACUUGUCCCAGGACUGUGGUACCAAAUGACGAUGAACGGACUUAGGCUGGGAACAUUCCAAAUCCUGACCAAUGCUGGGUACACAACGUCAUCGGCUGGGGAGUACUCAUUCACUCGGACCAUCGUAGCUAGUGCGGUGGCAGGUGCAUUCGCCACUUGGGUUGGAAGCCCAUUUUAUUUGGUAAAAACACAUCUGCAGUCUAGAGCUGUGAAGGAUAUCGCUGUCGGAUACCAACACUCAUAUAAAAGCAUGACCCAAGGACUAGUCAGUAUUUAUCGCAGUGCUGGUAUUCCUGGAAUGUGGCGGGGGGCAUAUGCAUCUGUUAUAAAGGUUAUGGUUGGAUCAGCAGUCCAAUUGACAACUUUUUCUUUCGUCAAACAGUAUGUCGUCGGAAUGAAGUACUUCCACCCUGAUGAUGGGCGGAAUGCACUGUUGGCUACCGUGGCAAGUGCCGUGACGAACACCUUGUGUAUGACACCGUUUGAUGUGGUAGCAACGAGAAUGUACAACCAAGGCGUGUCUUCAAAAGGAAAGGGUCUCACGUAUGCUGGAUUUUCUAACUGUUUCAUCCAAAUAUUUAGAACGGAGGGAUUCUGGGGUUUUUACAAAGGAUGGGGACCACAGUUUUUAAGACUUGGUCCCCAAACUGUCCUUAGUUUGUUUUUCUGGGACAGGCUUCGCUACAUGUAUAAACUAUCAUUUCUGUGACUGCGAGACUCAGUGAAAGAAAAACAACAGUAAACUGCGUACGAUUCUGUAUAUAAUCAUCAUAAACACAGGGAUAGUGGUCUGUUUUCAUAUUUCAUGUCCGAUCGUGACGUAUUCUAAUGUUCCAUUUCCAGGAGGAUGGUUUUCUUAAUCUUGGGAACCAAAGGGCUGAUAUACGUUGUGGUUCUACUAAAGAAAUGACAGAUAAACUCUCGAGAAAACAAUAAAUCGCUCGUUAAACUGGCAGUACUCCCGAUAAACCUUGAACCCCGGCCAUCUCAAUGCUUCUUAAUCGUGUUCGGGUCUUGAAUAUUCAGGAAAUAAAUCAAGAUCUGCCAU